AUGGCCAACUCAGCUCUGGAGAUCAUUGGCUUGUUGCUGUCUCUCAUCGGUCUGAUCGGGACAGCUGCCAGCACGGGGAUGCCCAUGUGGCGCGUGACGGCUUUCAUCGGCGAGAACAUCAUCGUGUUCGAGACGCGCUACGAGGGUCUGUGGAUGAAUUGCUUUAGACAGGCCAACAUCAGGAUGCAGUGUAAAGUGUACGACUCCCUCCUGGCUCUGCCCCCAGACCUGCAGGCGGCCAGGGGUCUGAUGUGCUGUGCCUUGGCCCUGGCAGGGGUAGGGCUGCUCAUCUCUAUCCUGGGCUUACAGUGCACGGCCUGCAUCCGGGACAACGACCGGGCAAAACGCACGGUGCUCAUCAUAGCUGGCAGCAUGAUCCUCGGGGCCUGCGUUUGCAUCAUCAUCCCAGUCUCCUGGACGGGUCACACUAUCAUCCGUGACUUCUACAACCCCCUGCUGAUCGACGCCCAGCGCAGGGAGCUGGGAGAAGCUCUCUACAUCGGAUGGGUCUCCUCUGCCUUCCUCUUCGCCGGCGGCUGCAUGUUCUGCUGCUGUAACGUCAAAGAGGAUAAAAGGCAAGACAAGUACAUGUACUCCAGGAACAGCCCUAGUCAAUACAUGUCUUACGCCCCUCAAACACAGUACCUGCCACAGUACCAGCCCCAGCUCCAGCCCCAGCCUCUACAGAGGCAGCUGUCCAGUUACAGCUACCCCGGCUCCAACCACUACCCCUCCAGGUACCCCUCGGAACGCAGCGCUGUGGCUUACCUCUGA